AUGGUCAGACGCGUCCAAACUAAACCAUUACACCUUGCUGUCCUCGCAGCCGACAACGAAGCGGUCAAGAAUGCCCUCCGUUCUAGCUCCUGCGUAAAUGAUUUGGAUUCUGCUGGGCGGUCUGCAGUGAUGUGUGCUCUUGCUGGCGAAAACUGGCAACAACUUGAUUCCUCCCCUUCCGACGCGUCUUUUAGGCAGCUGGAAGUUUUUCGUACUCUUGUCAACGACAGUCAGGUUUCUCUGCAUACACUGAAUGCGUCACAACGUCCCUAUCGAGGCGUCACUCCUCUCGGAAUGGCUGCCUGGCUAGACCGUUCUGAUAUCAUACGCGUUCUGUUGGAGGAGAGUGUGGUCGGAGUUGUCGUUGAUGGAACUGAUGCCCACGGAGCAACCCCACUUAUGUACGCUGCAAGAGAUGGCCGUCUCGAUGUGGUCAAACUUCUGCUUCGUCAUGGUGCACGGCCAGACUUGAGGGAUGCGAACAACCGGACAGCGAUCCAAUUCGCUCUCCCGUUCCCUCAGGUUCUUUGGCUAUGUGAGUCGGCUUUGCGGCGGCAUCGGUUACUGGACAAUUCCUCGGGCUCUGACACCACCCUAUUCCAAUCAUGCCUUCCUCAAACGAAUAUUUUUGUACCCCCCGCAGCUUCCGCCUUCACAGUGAAGCGAACGAACACACUCAUUGUAGCAAUCAACAUUUGUGACGUUGAACAAAUUCAUUCAAUCCUCUUUCCCUUCACCGGGAUAUUCCAACAACCGACACUCGUUAACCUUCCCGAUGCGCUAGGAUGGAGUCCGUUACAUUAUGCCGUUUCAACCCCCACUCCUUCCCCCGAAAUUCUUGAUGUGCUGGCAACCGCAGGAGCUGUGGGUCCUCUGUUCACCGCCCAGGAAGAAUGGACCCCUCUCCAUUGCUUCGCUAUAGCAUCCCGAGAUCGUCGGCCUACACAACAACAGGUUGAUGUAUGGCGAUCGGCUCUCUCUCGCUUCAUUGGUCCUUCCGCGAAGCUAGAAAUACCACUCGACGCCAAGGACAUCGAUGAAGAAACUUGUUUACAUCUGGCGGCAGAACGAGGCGCUUGCGUCGAGCUGUUGAUACUUUUUUUGGAGUCCGACCAGGAUGGCCGCGUCAGAGAAAUGCGCAAUGCAAGAGGUUUGACUCCGCUUGAAGUUUGCCGACCUGAAUUCCGUGCUGCAUUUGGAAGGGAUCUAGACGAUGUGAGGUCAAGCUCAGCCCUCUCAUGCCGCACUGUCCGCGGCUCCGCCUAUUCUGGCUCGAUGGCUUCUCUCGGGUCGUUUCAUCCUCCCAAUACAGUUCCCGAAGAGAGUGAACUUAAUGAUUCCGCUUCGGUACUCGACAAUGUGGAUAUUUCCGUCUCGGCAGAGCAGUUACUCGCCAACCUCCGAUUAACAUCACCCGAAGAGUCCCAUGCGGCAACGCCUUUCCACUUGAAUGUCCUCAGUAAUUUGGUCGGUGAAGCGGAAGCCCUUUCUUCAGUGAUUGUUGCCCAUUAUCGAACAGCAGCAGUGGAAGCUGGUCGCGAUGUUCGCGGUCUACGUGAAGCAGCCGGGAGGGCUCAAAUGCGCGUAGAAAGAAUAGGGCGGGAAGUGGAGGCUAAGAUGAGAGAGCGAGGCGUCGUGGGUGCAGUCAGGCGAAGAUUCGACAGAGGGUCCGAGGAUUCUGGUGUCACCGCAGUCUCGAUUGAGACUCCUGCAGAACCAGAUAGGUCUGUUGAAGUUCUGGGAUCAACGGAUUGCGAAAGAGCUAUACCAAUCGUGGUGGUGGAAUCACCGGGUUUGUCCACCAAGCCUGACGCUAUCGAGAUCACGCCGAAACGGCUUACGGGAACAAUGAAAUUGCGGGCAUGGAUGAAACGAAAGCUACAAGUCACCGAAAUUGCCCAGCCUUCCAAAUUAGCGGCCAUUCCCGAGCAGCAAGAGGUGUCUGUGGCUCUUGCGGUUCCUUCUUCCCCUCCUCCAAGUCCUACAACUCACCAAGAGAACCUUUCUGUGGAUGCGUGGGUGGAUGGUAUGUUGACAUCAUCUCACUCGACGUUGGAGGCCGCAAGUCGUGAUUUAGAGCGAAUUCGAGAAUCGAUUGCUUCAGCCGAACAUUUCAUCUCCAUUGUUGAUCGCUCUGCCGCACGAGUCGAACGAGUUGUGGCCAGAGCACUUCAGAAACGCGAGACAGUUAUUUCGAAACUGCGCGCAACAUCCCUUACUUCUUCAAGCGACAACGACGAGUUCUUUGUCCGGCCUGGGCUUCUGUCCCCCAAGUCGAGUGUGGCUUCACUCGCUUCUGUGUAUUCGGCGCGUUCCUCUUGUUUAUCUCUCGCUGCGACCCUUUCGGAGCAGGAGGAUGAUGACACUCGUGUUGUACGGCGAUUAUUAUUGCGAAAAAUCGAGACAGGUGCCAAUGGUGCACGUGAUGAACUCGAAAAAGGUGUAAAUUGGCUUCGAACGAUCAAGGAGGUCGUUCAGAGCGCAAAAAAGACGGCGUAUGUAUAA